GUAUAAUAUAAUCAUAUGGUUUCAGUAUAAACAAUAGGACUUGUCCAAUUUCCUAGAUUAAUGAAGAAGAAAAACCUAAUGUUUUGUGAUUAAUUAUCUUUCUAUACAUGUUUAAAAUCAAUAAAGUUAAGGAUUGGCUAUAGUAAUGGUAAAAACUUAUGUGAUGAAUAAUAUAAGAAAUAGAUCACUUUAGUUCGCAUAUGACAAAGGGAAGAUAUAAAUAAACAAUACCAAGUGAAUUUAAACUUCACCUCAUUGUACAAGAAAGUGGUUAUCAAGACUCAGUAGCUAAGUGGAUAAUGCGAUGGUGUUCGAAGCGAACGGUGUUGGGUUUGAGUCCCAGAGUAUAUAUCAACUCUGAGAUGAAAGUACAUGACGAGUUGAAAAUAGGACGAAAUGCGUGUCUUAGUUUCCACUGUUAGCCAGCAUCCAUCUUUGCUUAUAACUUAGGGGUAUAUCGAGGGAAUCCACACAGGAUGCACUUAUGCCAAUAACAGACUGAUAAAUUGUAGUCCUAAAUAACAAUGGGAAGUUCCAAGUAAACAACACCAAGUGAAUUUAAACCAUAUUAUUAAUUUUCUCAUUGACAUUAAGGGAUGUUAUUGAUUCAUAUCUUUUGAUAUCUGUGAGUUCAGUGCACAUUGCCUUGAUAAAACCACAAGUCAUAAGUGUUUUAAGGAGAUAUGGACAGUAACUAGCAGUAUAAUUCUGGACGUCUGAUUUAUUCUAUUUAGGACUCCUCAUUUCGAUCUACUGACAUCAACUUCGAGUUGAAGAUACGUUCAAUUAAUAUGUCCCAAACUGAAUGAAACGGAUGUCCUAGAUUCCAUUGCUACUCACCGUCUAUCUCUGCUUACAAAAAUGCACUAAUUAUUUUCAAUUUGCCUUUCCUUUAAAAAUUAGUUUUGUAGAAACUUUUCGAGACUAAUGAAACUAUUUAUAAAAGAUCUUUUCGAAUAAUUUCUAUUUGGAAUGCAUUUUCAACUGUAAAAAAUUACUACAAUUUUUCAUCAGUGUGGGGUUGUGGAGAUUAUUAAGAUCAUGAACGGAUUGAUGUUAGACCACCAGUGAAAAUCUGGAGGCACUGGAUGGCCGUUCCGUUCUAUUAUGGGACUCCUGAGCAGUGCGUAUCCAUGAUCCCGCUCGCGUGAUUCGAAUCCAGAGCCUUUGGUCUCGCGCGCAAACGCUUAACCUCUAGACCAUUGAGCCGGCAUCGAACGGUGCUAGUGUCUAACCUCAGUCAAUCAACGAAAUUGCUCUACCAUCUUCCAUUGUACUGAGGUAGAUACCUGUAUCUACACGACAUGGAUUAGCUCUACUGGUCAUAAUUAGUGCUGAGAAUUGUUUACUUAAAACAACAUUUAUACUCUAAGAUGAAUCUUCUUCUUACUUCUAAACUUGUAAUCAUGACUAGCACUGAGAUAGAUUUCUUAGAAUCAGAAAUAUGACAAUAAAUCAUUAAUACUAAUAAACAAGAAUUGGGGCAUUUCACAAAAUAGAUUGAAGCUAAACAUUGAACUCAUUAAACAACAAGUCGCUCCUGAAUUAUUUGGGUUCAUGAAUAUUAAUUAUUGAUUGGCUACAAAAAAAUAGGAUCAACACAAUUAAUCAGUAUUCCCCCUAGUAUUCAGUAAUCAACUAUUUGAUAUUGGUAUAAGAUUGAUAAAUCAUUUUGUGACUCUCUAAGAACAUCAUUUGCCUCAUUUCGGUCGACCGGGCAUUAUCCCAUCUUUUGCACAAAUCGAAUGAUUUGUAUAGCUUAUAUCUAUUUGGUGCUUCCUUGUAUUAAUGAGAAGUCCCACAAUGGGACGAAACGGCCAUCCAGUUCUUCUAGGUUUUCCAUAGUGGUCUUUCUUUAAUUGACUCAUGAUUUCAAUCAUUGUAAUGUUGAUGUGUUUGAAUUAAGGAGAAAACUAUGAAUAAAUAUUGAAUAAGUCCUGAUUAGGAUCAUUUUCUGUUGGAUGAAUCCACUAAAAAAACUUUAAUCUUAGACAGUUUAUUGAAUAUAACAUAAGUUAAUCAUUAUGGAUCAUUAUUAAUUAAAAGUUAGACACUGUCUAUUGUUUAUAAACAGAUCAUAUAAAGUUUACGAGGUCAAGUCAUAUGGUUCACGAUUAGAGUUAAUGAUCAAGAUAUUUUAAUCUAGUUUGAUUUUUAUUUUGUUUUUAAAACAAACAACGAAGUCUGAUAGAAUGGUUUUUUCUCUUUACUUUACAUUUACUUACUCCUGUUACUCCUCGUAAAGGAGCACAAGUCACCCACCAGAAUUCUCCAUACAACUCUGUACUGGACAAUACUUUCCAGUUAUUUUCAGUGGCUAUACAUCCUUUUCAUAUCUACUUCUAUUUACAGACCUAAUGUGUUGUUUGACCUUCCUCUUUUCCAUUUCCCCUUCAGAAUUAUAACUAAAGCUUUGCCUUGUGAUACAGUUUGAUGAUUUCCUCAAUGUAUGUCCUAUCCACUUCCAACGCCUUUUCCUUAUUUCCUCUUCAACUGGAAGCUGGUUUAUCUUCUCCCAUAAAAGUCGGUUGCUGAUAAUGAGUAUCUUGCGUAAACAACUAUUAAGAAAUACUUGUGCCUUCUUGAUGAUUGUUGUAGAAGUUCUCCAAGUUUCAGCUGCGUAGAGUAGGACUGUCUUCCUGUUCGUAUUGAAAAUUGUGACUAUGAUAUUGGUUGACAGACAGUUGUUUUGAGUUCCAGAUAUUCUUCAAUUGUAGGAAUGAGGUUCUUGCUUUGCCAAUCGUCGCCUUUACGUCUGCAUCUAAUCCUUUUUGUUCAUCAAUGAUGCUUCCCAGGUAUGUGAAGGAUUCUAUAUCUUCCAAAGUUUCUUCAUCAAGUAUGAUUGGCUUGAUGUUCACCGUGUUGUAUUUGAGGAUCUUGCCAGAAUGGUACAUGAUCAGAAAUAUUUGAUUUUAAGCAGUUCAAGAAGAUUUUCAUUUCAUGGAUUAACUUUAGUUUGACAACCUUUGAAAAUCUAAAAAUUAUUAGAUAACUAUUUUGUUCGCUUCAGCAAUGCAUAUGGACGACCCCAUAGGUGAUCGAUUCCAGAACCAUCAAGUCAUGUAGAUAAUGUUUAGAAGACAUAUGUUAGAAUAAAAUGGCCCUCAAGAGCUACCUAAUUUUUGCAGGUUAUCUAACUAAAAGUCAUUCAGUGAUAUGAAACGUCAAAUCCAACACCGCAUAACAACUACUCAAGAGAAGCUUAGUUUUAAAGUUAGAAUUCAUCUUUUCGAAGAAUCAAUAUAAAUAAGUCAUUAAUUUUCAAUCAUAACUGUUUUUAGGCAUUUUGUUUGCGCAUUCUGGAAUCACCAAGUACUAAUAUCAAAGCAUAGGUACUAAAUAACUUUGAUUCAUUUGGUUAGGGUUUGUGUUACUAUGAUGAUUAGAAGUAUUUGAAUUAUAGUAUGAACUAAGAAUCCCAGAAAUAACGUAAUCAAAUCAAGAAGUACUAGAUAAGCACAAACGAAUGUACUGUAUUUAGAAUUCGAAAUCAAGCAUUCAACAAGUACAAAGGAAUCAUUAGUUCAUUGAAACACUACAGUUACACAACGAUAUCCUAAAAAAUGAUAUCUUCUGAAAGAAAGAUUAACUGCAGUGGAACCAAAACAUGAUAUCAGUCAAUAAAGUCAUCAAACGUUGGACUUUUAAGUUGUGUCAAAAGAGGAGAAUACUUUGUUUAUGUUUGUAAGAUAAUCAUAGUCCCUAUUUCUAAACCUAUAGUCUGUAUUAUCCCAAGUGUAUUCAGUACUGAUGUUCCACACUGAGACUUGAUCAAUAGAAUUCGAUCAGUAAUAAUUGAUUAGAUAAAAGCAACAAUGAUUAUUAGUCAGUGAUCAAUCAAUGGUAGACUUAAUUAUUCUUGUUUUGUUCCCUAUCAAGAUUAUGCACACUCAAUAAUGAGUAAUUCUAUACUAAGAAUGGAAUCACCGUAAUUGAGGUUGGCCUGUGAAGAAUACUCCCUACCAAUUAAAAUAAUCUCAGUAAUCUUCAUUAAGAUUCCCAUAACAAUAAUGAUAAUAAUGAUCAAGAUAUUAAAGAAGAUCUUUUGAAAAAUGUCAAAAUACAAGUAAAAAUGCUUAUGGAAGAAGCUGUCAUCCGUGGUUAUGUUCAUGAUGAUAGUGAAACAAUCGGUAAACUGUGUUUCGUCCUGAUACAUUCUUUCAAAAUUUUUGGAUUCGUGUUGGUAUCUAUGAAAAAGUAUUAGAUAAAAUUGUCAAAUUUUUAGCUGAUAAUACAUUACAAUAUUACGAACCAUAUUCUGUUAUUGCGGAUCCAUGUUAUGGGCAAUUGAUUAGUGAUCUAUUGCGUGGUCCAUGUACCAUUGAUUAUUCACAUACACGUACAACAGAUCAUCUAUAUACAGAUCCAUCAAUUUCUGAAUUAAUACAACGUCGUGGUAUUUAUAGUAGUUUAAUGUCUAAACAAUUAACUUAUAUACCACCAAUUAGUAGUCAACAAUUAUUAAAUCAAUCCAUUCAACAAUCUAAUGUCAUUGAUAUCAUCGAUAGAAAAAAUAAUGAUCAAUCUUAUUUAUCGAAAUAUACUUCAGAAGAACUAUUCAAUGAAAAUUCUUCAAUAGAUGAAGAUGGUUAUAAUGAUAAUGGAAAUAUGAAUGAUCAUUCAAGUAUAUCGAAUGAUACUCCUCCUUCACGUCCUCCCUCUACUGCUACUACUACUACUACUAAUGAUAAUAAUAAUCGAAGAUUAUUCAACAGUCAUAAAAUCGAUAAUCGUAUUGACCAUGUAAAUCAUUCUUCUAGUCAAUCCAAUUGGAUGUGUAAACGUGGCAGUUCUCCACUUAUUAAUAUAAGUGAUAUGCCAACUAAUCGGACAGUAAGAACUGGUUCAUGUGCAUUUCUGCCACAAAUGAAUGAAUUUAAUUCAACUAAAUCAAGUCGUAACUUUAAAUCAAAUAAACAUAUUGCUUUAGCUGCAAAAGAACAUGUGGAAUCAAUGCAUCAAAGUUUACGAACACGUUUAUUAUAUGGAAAGAAUAAUGUACUAAUGCAACCGUCCAAUUCAUCAAAUCCAAUACCUGGUUAUUUAUCUUUAAUCGAUGGUGAAUGUGGUAAAUUGAUUGUACUUAAAUGGACACCAAAUUCAGCUGUAACUACUCCACAAAUGAAUAAUCAUAAUGAAGAAUUUUGUUUCUCUAAUGAUUCAAUACUGGAUUCAAGACUUGAUUUAGAUGAUUUAAAUGAAAAAGAAGCUUAUUGGGGUUAUGCAAUUAAAAUCAAAAUAUCUGAUGUUGUUUAUGGACAUUUACAUGAAUUUAAUAAUCAAUAUAUACUAACAUUCAUUCGAAAUGAUGGAAUCCAAUUAGCUCCAUUUCAUUUUUAUGCUCAAAGUCAUGUUCUUACAUUUUUAAAUUGUUUAGAACAAGGUUUAAAACAACGUGGUGGUUAUUUGAAUCCAUCUUCUGAAUUGGAUACAUCUACAUCAGUCACAUCAGAAUAUUCCAUGAAAUCUUAUCGUCCAUCAAUGCCAUUCAUUUUCGGUAAUCGUAAUUCAUUAUCACCUCCUCUAUCAACAUCAAUAACAAACAAUGAUACUAAGACAAAUUCAUCCAUAACAUCAUCUCAAAACUAUCCAUCUACACUUUACAAUAAACCUUCUAAAUUAAAUCAAUCAUUAUCAUUAACAAGUUCAAAACUGAGACAACGUAUCUAUAUGAAUAUUUUAAAAGCAUUUAAUCAUACAGAUAAUAUGAGUAAUGAUGAGGAAUUACAAGCACCAUAUUCAUCACCUUCUAUUUGUAUACCAGAGGAAAAAUGUCCUAUUCAACAUGUUUAUAUGAUUGUAUCUAAAACUAGAGAUAGUCAUGCAAUGGGAAUAAUGAAUAAUAUCAAUACAUCAUCUAUAUUAUCGAAACGACUCACUUUAGAUGGUAUUUCAGAAGAAACUAUCAAUGAAUCAGAUGAUAUUAUUGGACAGUCAAACAAUCAACUAUCUAUACAUAGAGAUGUAUUCAAGAAGUUACGUAAUAAAAUAUUAUCACAUGUAUUUCAUAAAUGGUACAAUCAUUUUAAUAAACUACGUACAGUCCGUAAAAAGUUAGCUGAUCUUGUAUCACCUAAUUUUUUAACAGUUGAUUCACCAACAAAUGCUGAAGAAGGUGUCACUGUAGAAUUUUGGAAUCAAUUAAUGACAAAUUCUAUUCCACAAAUCCCAUUCAGUGAACUUUGUCGUUAUAUUUAUUUUGGUAAUUGUGAUCCAACAAUUAGAAAUGAGGUAUGGCCAUAUUUAUUGGGUUUAUAUACAUGGAACUCAACUAGUGAACAACUGAAUGCAGUCAAUAUACAACAAAAAGAGAUUUAUACAAAUGCUUUAAAUACAUGGAAUCGUGUUGUACAGUAUUUAAAACAGGAUGUUCGAUAUGCUAAUUUCGUAGCGAUUGUUCCACCUAAUAAUGAUUCAACUGAAUUUAAGGAGUGUUUAGAUCAUUCAAAAUCACUUGCUGAUAAUGAAUUAUCAAUGAACUCAACAAAACAACCAAAUGAUAUAAACAAUGUAGAACUAGAGAAUAAUGUAAAUGAUGAUAAUGGUUUACAUGAUAAUCGUUCUUCAACAGCAACACUUCCUAAUGAAAUAUCUACUUCUAAAUUAUCAAAUCUUUCGACUGAUUCACAAUUGUUUAUCAACAAUACACUUCAAGAUCAAUGUGAAUUUUCGCCAAAUACAUUAGAAAUAUUUGCUGAUAAUUUAUAUAGAAUUGAUAAAGAUGUUACAAGAUGUGAUCGAAAUCAUACAUUCUUUAUGACACCAAAAAAAGGUUCCAAAUCUUCACAUCCUAACAUAACUGAAUUAAGUUCUAAUUUAAUUAAAUUACGUAAUAUUAUAUCAACAUGGGUUUGGUUACAUCUUGAUAUUGGUUAUAUACAAGGAAUGUGUGAUUUAUUAGCGCCCAUUUUAAUUAUUAUUGAAGAUGAAAUUAAAACAUUUGCAUGUUUUAAUUGUUUAAUGAAAUGGAUGUUACCUAACUUUCCACUUAUAAAAAAUUCUUUAUCUCAAUCAUCUAAUUCAAUUAAAUUAUCACCAUCUGAAACUCAUUUGUUACUAACGCCAUCAUCAUCAUCAUCGUCGUCGUCGAAGUCGACGUCAUCAUCAAUGUCGACUAAUCAUAUAGAGAAAACAAUCAAUAAUAAUGAUAAUAAUGAUUGUACAAUUACACGUACAACUUUAUUACAAAUGGCUGUAAAAGCAGCUCGUCGUCGUACUACAACAAUGUAUAGUAAAGAUAAUACUAUAGAUAGUAUUACUAGUAGUAAUAAUAAUCACUCAAAACAACUUCAUUAUGAUAAUAAUACAUUGCGUUGUACAAAUAAACUCAAAGAAACACCAUCAUUAUCAUCCACAACAUCGUCGGCAGCAUCAUCAUCAUCAUCUUCGACAUCGUUAGAGAGAAUCACUGAUAAAACAAUUGAACAAUCAUAUCAUCAUCAAAAUACAAAUAUAAUCAUUUCACCAUAUGAUAAACUAUUAUUGAACUCUUCUGAAUUAUCAGUACCAUGUAUGGAUAUAAGAUUUUCUUUUCUUCAAUCAUUAAUAGAAAUCUUUGAUCCAGAAAUGAAUAAUCAUUUAGCUCAAAAAGUACCAGAAGGACAGUUAUUGUUUUCAUAUCGUUGGCUAUUAUUAGACUUUAAACGAGAAUUACAAUAUGAUGAUAUCUUCCCUGUAUGGGAAACAAUAUGGGCAUCACGUCGUAUAGUAACAUAUGAUUUUGGUAUAUUUUUUGCAUUGGCAUUACUUGAAUAUUAUCGUGAUAUUUUAAUUUAUUAUAAUAUGGAUAUAACAGAAAUUAUUCGAUUUUAUAAUGAAUUAACCGAACAACAUGACUGUGUUACACUACUAGAAUUGGCACGUAGUUUUGUCUUCCAACUACAACAUUUAAUGGUAGACAGGUGAACUUUUGUUCUAGAAAGAAAGAUCUGUUCAAAUCAUUGAUUUUAUGAUCUUUAUUUUAUUGGUUUAUUUGUCCAGAGGUUGUUUUUGUUUUUUGAUUUCAUUUCAAAGAUGAUUGUAAUUUCAUUGUAUAACUAACUACACUUUGUAAAAAUCUAUACAAUAAUAAAACUUACUUACUUAUGUCUGUUACCCAUUGUGGAGGAAAACAGGCCGCUCAAUAAUAUUCUCUAUCUAAAUCUGUCCUGGAAAAUCUUUUUUAGUUCUUUCCAGUUGUUAUUCAUCAUUACGACGUCCGCUUCUAAUUCACAACGUUAUGGGUUCUUCGACCUUCGUUCUUUUUUCAUUUCUCUUCAAGAUUCCAAGUUAGUACUUACCUCGUAAUAUAGUUUGAUGAUUUCCAAUGCCCUUUUCUUAAGUUCUUCUUCAACUGGAAGCUAGUUUUGUUCUCUCCUACUGGAGGCAAAACAAACGGAACUAAUAAUGUGUAUUUGUAUUACAAAAUUUAAUUAAUCCAAAAGAACUGUGAUAUUUCUAAAUGUUGCUUUUCUAAAGAGUCAUUUCCUGCCUUUUCUUUUUGAGAAACGUCUUGUCAUUAUUAUUAACAGUAUCAUUAUGUUUGUAAUAUAAGUUCUUAUAUGGAUAUAUAAAAGCAUUUGAGAAAUGUCAAAGGUAAAUCUAAUGUAAUGUCAUGUUAUUCAUUGCUCAAUUAUCUUAUUAUUUGGGUAACUAUAAUUAUAUACUUUGUACAAUUUAUUUUCUUACUUCAUAUAACUAACAAUAGAUAUGGACAUACUAUUUGUUGAUAAACAUGGG